GACUCGAAGCAAGAGAGCAGUAACGACCGUAGUGGACGGUGGAGACAUCUGUGAAGAUUAAGUAAUAGUUGAAAUCAUUAUUGAACAAUUUAAAUAUUUGCAGACAUUCCUUGGUAGUUCAGUGGCAUCAGUUGAUAGUACCGACAACAGUGGACAGUGGUUAACGUUUUCAAACACAGUUGUUAGUGUAAUCAGUAACAAAGCAACCAUAAAACCAAGAAUGUUCCAGUUUCCUUUUACCCGUCCUGCUGCAAUUGCAGUGCUGCUGUUAACCCUUACGACAAUUCUCGUCGCUACAUCUGAUCAGCAAUUCAAAGAAGGCAACUACAAAUCUUUGGGUCCAGGUUAUUCUUAUCGUUACCUUCAGACAUCUCAAACGGAACAAUUUCAUCAAAAGCGAAGUCUACCGGAAUGCGCCCUCAUCGCUCUAAACAGCCAAUCGGAAUUCUUUACUUACAACAAAGUCAGCCAUGUUUGUAAGAAUUACUCAUCGAAGAAUAUAAUGACAGUCGCCAGAACGAAUGACAAGAACGAGAUUUCCUUCUAUAGAAAGAGCCAAUGGAUUAGAGCAUAUGCCAUAUCAAAGGGAGCUGGUUCAAAAGUUUACAAUUCAUUUCUGAAUAUAGGAUGUCCUUCAUUAUGGGAAGUGGACAAAUGCAGAGGUACCUUUUGUCCGAACUUCUUCCGACACCCUCUCCUUGAUUUCUGGAACUAUCUUCCAAUUGAUGAGGUGAAACUAGUGAUUAGCAAAACCAAACCGAUGUGGUAACUAUGAUAUUUAAUGGACGAAAUACAACCAUUGAAAGCUGGUUCUCUCGGAAAAACUUGAAAAGUUCACCAUGGAACGACCUGGCUUCAGCCACCGGACUUGAAUUCUCAAUUA